UCCAGAAGACACCACAUCCAGUGACAACAACAAUGCAUAUGAAAGCUCUUCUCACCACCUCAGCUCACCUCACCACCUCAGCUCUUCUCACACCUCACACCUCACAACCACCUCACAACCCUGCUACUUCUGCCGGCUGCCACCUCAGUUGCAGACCAGUCAACAUGCACCGUAAUAUGGGUUUUUAAGCUGCCCUGCACUGAACCUGUCCGUGCUCUGGUGAAUCAGGUGAAGGCGUGGAGCACACAGGAGUGUGAUGACAGCCAAGAGAAGUGCAUGUAUGAGAUGAUAAAGAAGCUCCCCACACACCUUGAAAUUAAGCACACAUCCCGCAAAUCGCACACAACCACUCAUAUGAUCCUGGAUUUCUACCCUCCAGCGGCAUCCGCUUUCUGCAAAUUCAAGGCCAUUUCGACAACACCUCUGAAUAGCCGGCUGAAUGGCACCAGUCCAAACAACUACUGCCCAUUCUACAAUCUAAUCAGUGGAAGUGGGCUGACACAGGCAGAAGGCUACAAAGAGAUCUGCAAUUCGGCAAUGUGCUCCUCAAAAGAAUCAGCAACAUGCAUCACUAAAGGCUAUGUUACAGCCUCUAAAAUGUUGAUCCUGUGCAAGGGUCUGCAGAAAGUGACAGUUGAGCACCGGACCAGAAUAGCCAUGGGGAAAGUGAAGGUGUUAGUGGAUGCUCUCUGUGCAUCCAUGGAAAGAAAAUUCCACAGAAUGGAAUACAACACUGUUCUGUCAGAAACUGCCAUUCUUGACCCAAGAUUCAAGAAGCUGGCCAUCACUGAAAAUAGAGCGGUGGAUGAAGCUCUUCAGAGAAUAACUGCAGCAGCAGCAAGAUCCAGCCAGUCAAGUCCACUGCCAAGGGGCCAAGAGGGAGAAGAGGCAGCAGAACCAGAACAAGAGGAACCACAAGCAUCUGCUGUUUGGAGAUUCUUUGAGGAACGAGCAACCGGUGAAAGUACAAGGAAUCCAAUAGCAGAUGCAAUGUUGGAAGUGAGAUCAUAUCUCGAGGAGCCCCUUUUCCAGAGAAUUGCAGACCCACUGAGCUGGUGGGAGACCAAGUGUUCAGUCUACCCACGUCUUACACAAACAGGAUCAACCUCUCAAAGUGGAGGCCACUGGUUUUUUUGAAUGCCAAUCUUCGCUGAAGACUUCUAGACACCUGGAUGCUGCUUUUUCUUUUUGUUUUGCACAUUUUAAUUAUAUUUUGUUGAGUGAUGUUUGGUUGAUGUUGUGUUUUUUUCACUGUACAUAGUUGCACAUUUACAAAUAAUAAUUGGACCUUUUUGUCUAAUUAAAAUGGGUCUUUUUUAUUUUUCAAUUAUUUAUGUAUAUGUGUUUAUUAAUAAAGCCAUAUAAAUAAUA